AUGAUUGGUAGUGUCUUAGUUUGUAAGGUCGUUAAGGCUCAGUUUUGCUUGCCCGAGCCAGAGUUGAUUGGAGUGACGAAUCGGGAUGCGAGGCUGAUAUGUUGGAAAGUGCAGAGGGGGGGCGCCACUCUCCGUCCCGACCUCAGCAAGAGCCCAUCAACCUUAAGAAUGAGGGUAAGGCCAAAAACUGUUCUUUUUGUGUGUGAAGGUCUUCAAAGACUAAACACCGGCCGCUUCGUUAGAGCCCUGGUAAAAAAUUCCGCUCGUCCUCCGACCAAUCGGCGCAACCUACUUGCCUCAGAACCUAUAGUAUCGAUUAGUAAGCGCUUUUUUACCCGCACGCACUCACACACCGCCGUAGCGGGGGCCUGCCUUUUUAACAAUCUUUUUUUCGACCACCCCGCACCACCCGAAACCGCCAUGUCCAUCGCGCGGAUGCAAAGACCGCUGCACCCCACCCCUACCCUCAUAGCGGCAUUGAAAAUGGAAUUUCCAUGA